AUGGCUCUCACGAACGCCACGGCGGCCUUCAUCGGAGCGUCGGUGACCCUGUUCCUGGUGAUAGUGUUCAUGAUCCUCAUGGUGAUCCUGGUCAAACAGUGUCUGGCCUUCCUGGCCAAGAGGAACGCACUUCGCGCCCAGACGGAGCACCAACUGCAGGCUCGCCGGCAGAUCGAGAGACAGCGACGGGGCAGCGUUACGGUGCCGGUCCCCGCCACGUUCGACUGGCAUCACUCCAUUCGCAUCGCCGGCACUCCGCCUCCUUCCUACCAAGAGGCCAAAGGUCUCCCGUCAUUCGACGAGACAGUAUCUCCGACUAAGAAGAAACGGGGGAGGAGAGGGAGAGGGGGGCAACACACGGACAGUGCUCCUCCUGAAGUGAUAGUGACAAAGAACCGCAGUGCUACAUUAGUGGUAGGGGAGGGGGAGAGAGAGAACUCGAGUCACAGGAGACACACUUUGCCCAACUUUCUCGGAGGAGGUGGGGAAACGACAGAGCUGCAACAGAAUGGUGGGAGUUCAUCGACGGAGAUUGAACUGGAGAACCAGCGCAACAGCCACCACAUGACGUCGGAGGGCCAGAGAUCAGAGGAGGUUGCGGUGGAUGUGGAAGUGAAUGAGAGUGGUGAGAUGUUUGAGGUGAUAUCUGGGGAGGGAGACACGGCGACGGUUGAAGCAAACAGGUCUGCAAGUGCUGAGCACACGACCGCCCUAACUGCGGCAUAG